UCCAUAUUCUCAUACUGCCUUUUAGUACCGGUAGCAUAACCCCCGCCACCAGCAGCGGUGAGAUUAUCGCAUCUUUGUGAUUUUUGGCUCUGAAUUUCGGAUAAUUCUCCUACAAAUUAGCGGAUGAAGUUUUUCAUUUUUUUUAGCGGGGAUCUAGAUGUCUAACAUACCGACAUCGCUCUCUGAAGUUUGCCUCACAGUAUUCCGACUGACCAUGUCCGUCGCAGACCUUUGGCCUUUUUCCUGAACCACAUCACACCCCUUGCACAAAACCCACCAUCUCAUCAAACCCAGCAUCCAAUUUCGAAAAAGCGCUGAUUUUUCUCAUCUAAGCCAAUCAUGAGAAAGAUUCGGGGCUUGAAGAUUGGAAAACGGUUGACCCGACUAACUGGAUGGAUUUUCGGGAGAACCCGUGUCCGACCCGGGUACAACCGGCUUAGCAGUCCAGAACAGGCGUGCUGCAGGCCCAAGACCAAGCCCAUCUCGAGGCUCAUCAAUUGGGGUCGCCGAUUGACGAAAGGAGCGAGGUCUCUCUGUUCUGUUAAACCCGGGUCGGGUUAUAUACCCGUGGGUUACGACCCGAUUGAGAAGCCGACUACGGUGCCGAAAGGGCAGUUGGCGGUGUACGUGGGCCAAAAAGACGGUGACUUUCACAGAGUUCUGGUUCCUGUAAUCUACUUUAACAAUCCUCUGUUCUGUGAGCUCUUGAGAGAGGCAGAGAAGGAGUACGGUUUCAACCACCAAGGGGGAAUCACGAUUCCUUGUCCGUUCUCGGAUUUCGAGAGGGUCAAGACCCGGAUAGCUUCCGGGUCUGGUGGUAGCCGGUCGAUGGCGUGGAAGCGCCACCAUUAGAGGUUGUUUCGAGUGAUAAUGACGAUAAUAUUAGUAGUUGAUAAUGAUGCUUAGAACCUUUUUUUUUUCUCACUUUUUUACUUUUGGUUGUUUUUGUUAGGUUUGAAAAUGAUUUAUUUUUCACUUUUGUACCUAUACCACAUUGUGUAAUGGGAUUUGUAGAUAUGAAUUUCGCAGAAGAUAUGUCUUUCAUUGC